CACGUCUGGUUGUUUACAAUCUAUCUGCCUAAACAUGGCCGUUGACAAACUCAGACAUGGCAGUUAGAACUUGAUAACUCUUGAUUUUUUUAAAUUUACAACUCCUAAUUUGCCAUACAAGUUACUGUGCAAAUACACUUUUAAUCGACGUUUUUACCGUGUUGCUGGUUUGGCUUUUAUCUCACCUUUCUGUGGCUCGUUAGCCGCUGAAGCUAGGUAGCGAGCUAACUUCUCCAUAGGGAACAAUGACAGCGACUUCUGCAGGUAGCAGCAGCUUCCUCCCCGCUAAAGGACUGGACAUAAGUCUGGCCGCCCUGCAGCGACAAGACCCAUACAUCAACAACAUCGUGGACGUGGCCAGUCAAGUGGCCCUGUAUACUUAUAACAACAGGGCAAAUGAGUGGGAAAAGACAGAGGUGGAAGGCACCCUCUUUAUCUACACAAGACUGGCAUCUCCCAGGCAUGGUUUCACCAUUAUGAACAGACUUAACAUGGAGAACUUGACAGAGCCGAUCACCAAAGACCUGGACUUUCAGCUCCAGCACCCCUUCCUGCUUUACCGCAAUGCGCGAUUGGCUAUCCAUGGGAUUUGGUUCUACGAUAAGGAGGACUGUCAACGCAUUGCCCAGAGGAUGAAAAUUCUGACCCAGCAGGAGCAGGCCCUGGCUCAGUCUCAGGGUGGAUGGUUGUCCCCAGGAGGGGGAGGUGUAGUCGGAGGAGUAAUCGGAGGAGUAAUCGGAGGAGUAGUCGGAGGAGUAGUCGGAGGAGUAGUCAGAGGAGGAGGAGGAGGAGGAGUUGUUGGAGGAGGAAGAAGAGGAGAAAGAGAUGCAAAGGCAGUGGACAUCAUCCAGAUGUUGACUAAAGCACGCACAGAGUAUGACAAGGGGCAGUCUACAUCAGAGCCAAAGGAGAUUGGUGGCAGCAGUGUUCUUUGUGGAAAUCCCAACCUGAUCAAACCAAUACCCGUUAAACCAAACACACAGGACAGUGAAGGUGCUGAACCUAGGCCUCUCUCUCUCGCCACUCUUUUUGGCUCCCAACAUCAACACUCAUCCAAACCUGACCCAAUGUCUCCUUUGGGUGCCCCCUCGGCGGGGCAGUCAUCGGGAAAAGUCACUCGUCCGCCUGUAGCCCGCACGUUGACAUAUGAGGAUACGGUGAACUCUAGAAGUUUGACCUCCAAGGGAGGGAACGUCACCAUGGCUGAGUGUUCAGAUAGAGGGCUCAGGGCUGUGAUUGGAGGACAAACUGUCAGGGAAGAUGGCGCUGUCGUGGGCUUACUGCCGAGUCCCACUACCACCCAACAGCAUCAGCAGCAGCAGCAGCAGCCUCAACACUGUGCAGCCAUCCAGAAGCUCAUGCAGGGACAGAGAGGGGUCUCUGGAGGAGGGGUGCUUCAGACCUUGUCCGAGUCCCCCGAGAACAGGCUGUGUGACAAUGGGGUGCCACUGGAGCAUCACCACCAUCACCAUCUGUUCCAUCAUCAUCAACAGCACCACCACCAUCAUCAUCAUCAACAGCAACAGCUUCAACCUGACCCAAUCAAGAGACUUUUCCAAACCCAGCCACCUCCUCCCUCCUUCACCUCUGCUCCUUCACUGUGUUGCCCCAACCCUCCUCCUCUGCAGCAGAUCCCCCAUCUCCCCUCCCAGCCCAUAAUGGUGGAUUCUGUGUCAUGUGCCCACCUCCAAGCGCAACAAAGCCAGCAGCUGUUUUUCAGCCUAUCUAAACCUCAACCAGAGGCACAGCACAACAGUCAGUCAGCUUCAGGUAUACAGGGAACAGGUUUGAUGCCAUCUCAGGUGGCCAAUGACCAAGUCUUUCAACUUCCACAAGGUCUGUCUUCCCAGAUGCCUGGUGUGGUGUCGCCUCAUGAGCUCCUGCAAAAGCUCCAACUGGUCCAGCAAGAGCAAAACCUGGCUUCCCAUGAUUCACCUCGACUCUGUCCAGGACUGGCUCCUCGAUUUCUGGGGCCCACUCAUGGUCAAGGUGCAGGCUUAGUCCCAAACCAAACCACAGCCACUGCAGGACAAAAGGCUGCACUGCAGUUUCAGGUCAUCUCCCCCCAGCGAAUACCAGCCACUGUGGCCCCCAACCUGCUCCUCUCUCCCAGUGUGUUCACUCAAGCAAAGGUUAGUGGCGGGCUGUCAGUUGCCCAGGGGAGUGGCGCUGCCCCCUCAACCCUGUCCAGACCCCUGCUGCAGGAGGAGAUCAGAAUCCUGUCCAGAAGCCAGUUACAAGCCACACUGCUGCAUCUGAUCCAGACUGACAGCUCAUUCCUGGACAACAUCUAUGAAGCCUACGUCAGCCGCGUUGCUAACGACUCCAGCAGCAAGUACUGAUGACUCCUCACACCCUCUGUCUAUACAUACAUCUUGUCCAGACCAUUCUUACACUUAAUAUGGAUGUACCACUUCCUCCUCCGAAAUCCCCACAGCAAUCACUCUCACUAUGCACUGUACAGCAAGUCAGCCCAGCUCAAUUCAAUCCAAACCAAGUUUCUCUGGUUGAAACAAAAAAAGCAGUUAUCAAAAAUUAUAAAUGUUUGUUUCCGUAUCAGAAAUGCACAACCCCCCCUCCUCCCAAUGACUCGUCUGAAAAAUAACUUCUUCAGACUGAGGACCGCUAUUUUUGGCACAAAUGUGGCAUAAACAUGUAGUCUUGACCUUACCUGUAUUUAAGGGACAAUGUUGCCUAUAUUCCAGUUCACUCAGUGGAGACAAUAUGCUGCAAUCUCACAGGUGUUUGAAUUUAGUUGUAACCUGCACUAUUUCCUUUUCACCAAGUGUAGCAAUUUCGUUUAGUUUUGUUAUAAUCUGCAGUCUUUACUCCGACUCAGUCGUCUAACACCAGCCAGCCUUCUGGGCUUUAACAAACAAGUCUUCCUAGUCUAAGAACUAGAGCUGAAGGAUAUUCUCAAACUGACUUGAAAAUGACUUCACUGAAGUAUAAAACAUGUUAAACCUGUUGUGUUUUAUGUACAUUUGGUAAAGUAUGUUUAAAUGUUAUCAGAAUUUGUUGGAUUUGAAUUUACAAUUAUUUUAAAUUAAAUUCUUGUUGGUUUACUUUCUAAAGUAAUUUUAAGUAUAUUUUACUAUCCAGAUUCCUUUAAAUUUAUUAUUAAAACAAUACCUUGGUAUUUAGAUUUUUUGUCUUGUUUUAGCAGACCCUAGCUGUGAUAAAUAUCUGUAUUGGUAUUUUAGUUACAGUCACUAAAUGUUGUCACUGAAUAUUAUUAUCAUGAUGAAGAAUUCAAAAUGACAUGGUAUCCACCUGACUUGAAGUAAUAAGGAAAGUACAGGAGAUUGUUUACCUGCACUACCUCACAGACAGCUAGUUUAGAGGUGUUUUCUGUGUUUAUUACUUGUGGCAGAUUGUCAGUCAUGUGAUUGGACAGUUUUAGAUAUCAUAUAUGCCAGUCAGGAUUCUUGUUUCAGUUUAACUAAAGGGUUUUCAUCAUUGCAUCAAAAAGCAUUGACAACCUUUUAGCACUCAGAGCCAUUACUUUUUUUUUUAGCAUUCAUGCCACGGUUCUUGAACAUUACCUCUGUCAAACAACACAACUUAUAAUAUAAUAAAAUAAUAAAACAAUUUAUUGUUUAAACACUUUGUUAUUGAUAGUAAAUCCGGUUAAAUAGAUAAUUGUUUAGUUAAAGGGAGAAUUUAGGCAAUAAAAAGCAGCAAAGGAAGGCGUUCUUAAAUAUAUCUGGUAAUUGUUUGGACUUCACAGCCGAAUAUAUUAAAGAAAAUGCAUUUCAAAGAUACUGUUAUGCUAUAUAUAUAUUGUAUAAAAUGUCAACCAACCAAACUAAGUUUCCUCAUUCAGUACAGCAGAGAAGUCGCAGUCAAUAAAAUGUUAAAUUUUUUCGGGGCCAGGGUUUGCAGUUUGUGUUUCGUUCCUUUGCUAAACUAGCCAGACUAUACAGUAGCUACCAGAGAGUACACACAAACAGCAGCCACAAAAAAAAGAGAAUGCAUAGAAUAUUUUUAUCCUAUUUUUGUACUCAAGAAGCAAAAUGUAUUGUUCUCAUAGUACAAAUAACCAGCAUGUUACAUUACAGAGUAUAAAUAAAAAAAAAAACAUUCUUUCAACAUUGAACAUUUCUAGAGUUAUUUGUCUAAUUCAAGAGAUGUUAUCCGUAAUCUUUUUUAAAACAUUGUCAUUUAAAAUAAUAUGAGACAUUGGAAUGUUAAUGGAAACAUUUUACACGUUUUAUUUCUUUUUGUCAGGAAUGUUUUGCUCUUACAUAAACUGGAAUAUAUAUUUUACGUGGAUAUUAAAUGUUCUCAAACUGC